UCUGUAUCAACAGUCUAUUCUGUAGAACUUGGUAUGCUAAUUUCUUCUAUUUUCAUUGUUGGCACAGGAACGUCUCUAGAAGAUCAUGAAUGCUAUCUUGUGGAUAUGUACGCUGUCCAUGUUAACGCCACAGAAAAGUGCACAAGUAUACCGGGCCACGUUAUGCAGUCCACCUUGUUUACUGGUGACAAACACAUCGGACAUUGUUGCCAUUAACUACACAACUGCAGCUGCUCAUUCUAUUAUCUCGGGUCUAACCAGAGCUGUUACCAUAGAUGUCCAUUUUAGCUUGGGUUACAUAUUUUGGAGUGAUGUAACAGAACAAAACAUCAAACGCUUCCACAUUGACGUAGCAAGCACGACGACAAUUGUCACUGGCAUUGGAGUUUGUGAUGGACUGGCGGUAGAUUGGAGGACAUCACAGCUGUACUGGACUGAUACGACAAAUGACAAAAUAUCGAUAUCAGAUCUUAAUGGCAAUAACCAACGCAGCCUCGUUUCCUCGGAACUGGAGGAACCCAGAGCAAUAGCUCUGGACCUCGAUAAUGGGUUAAUGAUCUGGACUGACUGGGGAGUUAACCCUAAGAUUGAAAGAGCUUCACUAACUGGAAAUCAAAGGCUCGCCAUUGUAACAACAGAUCUUUCCUGGCCUAAUGGUAUUGACCUCGACAAAGGAAACAAACGAAUAUUUUGGGUGGAUGCGGGAACUGACAAGGUCGAAUCGGUCGAUUACAAUGGCAACGACAGAAAAUUACUUUUUCAACAGAGUGGCUUACAUCCGUUUGCAGUUGCAUUAAUACCCCCUUUCUUAUUUUUCACGGAUUGGAAUACGUAUGACGAGUUUCACCAACUGGACGCCUCGACUGGGGAAGUGCUUCGAAGUUAUAGCAUCAAUGGUGGGCAGCCUAUGGGCAUCGUACCGUACGACAGCUCACGACAACCAGCUGCUUCAAGUCCUUGUGCUGUUAACAAUGGUGGAUGCAGCCAUUUUUGUGUCGCAACAAAAUCUGGUUAUGAAUGCAUUUGUCCUACUGGUUUGGCAGUAAAGCAAGAUAACAAGACCUGCGAAUACAGUAAGUCUGCUGAAAAAAAGUGGAAGCAUUGCGUCUGACGACGAAGAAUACAGUUAGCGAUUUUACUCCAUGCUACCCA